AGACUUGUUUCUCAUCUGGAGCUACACUGCAGAGGAGGACUUCAGGCCACUGGAAACAGAUCCGAGGCAUUGUACGUGCAGCACUAAGUGCAGAUGUGACUGAUUUUGCAGAGGGAAUUAUACUGUAUGAAGAAGCUGAUGUGAUACAUAUAAGGUGGACCAUGACAACGUCUACAGAUAGAAAGAAGAAAGAAGACAUCAGAGACAUCAGUGGCACUAAAAAUUCUUAAUUGGUCAAUGAUCACUGACUGACAAGAGAGAAGACAAGAGAGGAGCCUGUGAUGUCCCAAAGAACUUGGCUAACCACACCAGAUCACCUGACUAUUCUCAACAGAAGUGUUAGGAUCUUCAACAUGCAGACGUUUGCUGAUUGCUGAACUGCAGUCCCCUCCAGUAGUGUCCAGUGAUUCCAACCUACGUCUACAGUUUCCACCCUGUGCAUAAGAACUGGACCACUAACCCUUUACAAGCACUUCACUUCACUUGAGUAAACCCUUAUCUUGUGACAUAUCAUCUCACCAUGGUACAGACUCCGUUAUGUCCAGUGCAGCUCAAAAGAUUCCUUUUUCCAGUGGUUUUUAUUCUGUGCAUUUUGGCAGCAGUCAGAUCUGCAGAGGAAGGUUCAUCGGACCAGUGUUCUGUGUUGUUUGCAGUGGCCGACAGUGCCGCUUUACAAUGCCUGUGUAACCAUGACACCAACACAGUGGACUGUCAGGCAAGGAACCUGACUGUGGUGCCUCCAGGAUUCCCCACUCGGAUGAAACGCUUGAACUUGGAGUACAAUCUCAUUACUACACUAUCCAAAAACCAAUUAGGUUCCAUCCAAUCACUCAUCCAUCUUGACCUUUCCAACAACAUUAUAAACAAGAUUGACAACAAUGCCUUUAGUGGGUUGAUUAACUUGAAAAUUCUUGAACUUGGCAAUAACAAUCUAAAAAUAAUACAGAAUGGAACGUUUUCUGGGUUGUACAAUCUUCAUCAGUUGAAUCUGGAAUCCAACAAAAUAAAUAGCAUCCACCCCCAGGCCCUGACCUCUCUGAACAACCUUAGGCAAUUAAACCUCCAGGGCAACAAAGUCAGCUCAAUACAAUGUGCCCUUGUGCAGAAUCUGACCUGGCUGCAAUUACUGUCUCUAAGGGCCAACCCUAUCCAGCUAAUUGAAGACCAGUGUUUUUAUGGCCUGAUUAACUUACAAGACAUCCAACUAAAGCGCUGUGAUCUGACUCAAAUUAAUAAUGGCACCUUCAAAUAUUUGGUUCGACUGUCAACACUGAAUUUGGCCUGGAACAAAAUCAGUCAGAUAUCACAGUUUGCUUUUCAAGACUCUGUACAGUUGACUCGACUUCACCUUAACAAUAACAACAUUUCCAACCUUCCUGCCAGGGUUUUUGCAAACCUUACAAACUUACAAAAGUUACACCUGCACCACAAUCCCAUCACAUCCCUCAGUACAGAUCUGUUCACAGAUUUACAAAGUCUUGAAUUUCUACUUCUACACAACUUGAAACUGUCCUCCCUACAGGAAGAAACCUUUGUUGGCCUUCCUCCCUUACAGUAUCUUGAUCUAAGUAGCAAUUAUCUACAGAAUUUACAGAAGGGAUUUGGCUUUGUGUUUAAGCCUUAUUGGCAUGUCAAACUCUCAGGUAACCUGUGGAGGUGUGAUUGUGAGAUACAAUCCAUCUAUGAGUUUUCCUGGAUUGCAGAUGAAGUGGUGUGCAGGUCCCCAGUGAAGUUUCAGGAUAUGUCACUAAAUCAAAUUCCUUACUCAAAUUUAUCGUGUACACCACCUAGCAUUGCACUGAUGACACCAUACACCUUAGCCAUGAUAAAUGAUACAGUUUUCUUGCACUGUAAUUCAAGUGGUUUUCCUACUCCAUCACUGUCCUGGCUCUUACCACAGGGGACCAUGAUUAGCUCCCUACCAGGUACUGGCCUACAGUCUGAAGGUGAAAAUGGCUUGACACUGGUAAUUGAAAGUGCUCAGCUCAGUGACAUGGGUAUGUACAUCUGCAAUGCUAGUAACCCUGGUGGGAAAGACUUUCUCUUCACUUAUUUGAAAGUUUUUGACCCAAAUUGUGUGGUAAGAAGAGAUAUGGGGAACAAGACUUUGGUUAAUGAUUCUUCAGAUACAGCAUUUGACAUCAAAGCAAACUGUAGUUCCACUGACUUUUCUGACAGCCUUUCUGGUGUCAUUGCCCUAGGAUACUCUGAGUCCACUUCUAUUACUGAGACUAAACUUUGUCCAGAUAAUGUCCCCUGUACAAAUGCACCAAACAAAUGUUUAUGUACGACAGAUUCAAAGUCUCAGCUGAAUCAACCACAGAUGGUCACAGCCACAGCCCUAAACUGUAACUACCUGGUAACGUGGUUCAUUGUCGGCAUUGUUGCUGGAGUCAGUCUAAUCAUCGCAUGCUGGAUUGGAUUUACUGUGAUAUACCGAAAAAAAACCAUCCCCUACAGCAUACACUUCACAAUCAAACAUCACUAUGAUACCAUCUCCUUCAGCAUACACAUCAAACACCACUAUAAGACCGCCCUCUACAUACAAUUCACCAUCUUCAUUUUUGGGGAGAAUCUACUCUGGUUACCUUGGCAAGUAAAAUCAUUGUAAAUUAACUCUAAUAUAUAAUACUGUAUAAUUCCAAAUGUACUGCUCAAAACAUUUGUCACAUAGCCAGUUUCAUCAAGGAUCAAUGGAUUAUAAAUGGAUCAAUGGACUUUAAAGCUACUUGGUUAUAAUUUAUAGGGCUUGUUGUCAAUGAAAUUUACAUAAUACAACUUCUCACUUUGGCUUUUUUGUUUCAAAAAAGUUUUUAGCUUUUAGGAGCAAGGUCGCAAGUACAGACAUUUAAGAACUGGGCAACUUUCUUAUACCAGGUGAAGUUUACUACAAACAUUGAAAGUAACAAAUGGCAGUUACGGAGGUUA